AUGGCGGCAGCUCGUCGCGUCCGUAGUCACCAGAAUAUAGACAUCACCUUCGUUCAAUUUUCAUGUUGAAAAAUAUUUUUCGACCGAGUACCGUUGCAUGGUGACAGUUGAAAGAUGGACUUUGAUCUGGAUGAUCUCCUUGCUGAAGGGCCUCCUGUGCAGAAGAAGAAACCAGUUCAGAAGGCUCCUUUAAAGAGAGGUGGGAAAAGUGCUCUGGAUGACGAUUUCUACAGUAAUCUGGCAUCUCAGGCAGGAGAGGAUGCAGAUUCUGAAGUGUCUGAUGUUGAUGCUAAGCAGAUGGCCAGAGACUUGGGGGGCUUGGAUGACAUGGAUGCUGAUCUGUUCGGAGAGCAGCUGCCAAAAAAAAAAGGAAGCAUCAAAAGUGGAAGUGGACGAUCUGGUAAACAGACGACACCCCGUAGAACUCGCACACCACGCUCCAACAGCAACACCCCUCGGUCAGGGGGUAACAAACCAGGGUCCCCGCAGAGAGUUGCCUCCCCUACUAGUGAUACCCCGACAAGUCCUCGGGGUGGCAAGAUGAAAAAGAAUACUUCUAAACCCAGCUCUCCUCCUCCACAGAUGUCCAUGCCCAAACCUGGCACAGCCCCUGGGAAGAUGACCGAAUUGUAUAAAGAAAGUGAAAACUUAAAGCCUGGACAAGCCCGACCUGAAGAUGACCGUCCCCGUACAGUGCCUAAAGCUAAACCAAAGAUAGAUUUUGGAGAGUUUGAUGAGGAUGACCCACUAGCUGGCCUGGAUCUGUCAGAUGAGGAAUCCUUAGCCCUGCGGAAGCCAGCUGUCAAAACUACUCUGAAGCAACAGAAGUCCAUUGAAGACCCCCCAGCUUCACCCCCUGUAGUGGAGCCGCAAUCUCCUAGAAGAAGGAAUUUAUAUGAUCGCCCACCAACUAGAAGUGGAAGUGGCAAGGAAGAUGAGGAGGAGCCUCCGCAGCCGGAGCCAGUAGCAGCUAAACCUAAGCCAGCUGUAAAGAAGAAAGAUGAAGUCAUCUUCAGCGAUGAAGAUGACUUCCUGCUUGGAAUGGAAGAAAAGCCUAAGAGUGCAGAAAAACCCAAGAGCAGGCUUGAUGACCUUGAGAACAGUCAAGGGUCAGCCAAGUCAUUCAUGGAUGGGUUACUUGGGAAAGGUUCAGCAAUUACACAAUUAGAGACCAAAGAAAAGAAAACAUUUGUGUUGGACACUAAAUACUCCAAGCCUGAAGCUGACAAACAGGAAGAAGAUGACUUUUUGUUUGGGAGUUACCAGCCGUCAGGGGCCUCAGGGUCAAGGCCAGGGUCAAGGAGGUCAGUCAGAUUUCAAGAUGACGAUCUGUUUGGUGAAGAUAAACCAGCGUCUAGAGGACGAAGUCAAUCACCAGGGGACACUGCUAAGAAAGCGCCUGAAGGAAUGGACUGGUUGGACUUUGACACAGAUGAUAAACCUGCUUCAACAGCAAAAACAGCAGAUAAACCACCAGAUCCCAAACCCACCGAAACAAAGUCAAAAUCUAGUCCAUCUGAUUGGUUAGGGUUGAAAGAUUCUGAAUCCAGUGAUGAGGACUUUUUCAGACCCAAAAGGACUCCUCCACCAUCUAGCCAAUCAGCACGCAGGACACAACCAGCUAAGGCAGAGCCUAAGAAAGACAGUGCAGAUGACUGGUUAGGACUAGCUGACAAGAAAUCUGAACCAGAGAAGAAAGAUGUCAGUGACAAGCCAGUGUUUUCUAGUAUGAAUGGUGCUGCCAAACAGAAUGAUGACUAUUUAGGUCUGGGCAAGGAGGUGGACCUGGAUGAUAUCCUCACAUCAAGGCCAGACUCACCGGCCUUCAGGGGCCAGACUCCUCCAGCCUUCAACAAACAAGAUGAACGAAACAAGGAUCUUUUCACUCCUCCACCUACACGAGGCUCAGGUUCAUCAGCUAAGGAGGACCCUCACAACAGGCAGACACGACAGAUGGCUGAUACAAGACCGGAAGAUGGAUUCAUGAAAGGCAGAAAAGGAGCAGCAGGAUUUUCUCGACAUGGAACGAUGGACAUGGAUGAUGAGGUGGACACAGGUCAGACACCAGGGCCUCCCCGUCAGUCCAAGAUCAUGUCCCAGGUGUACCAGCAGCAGCCCCUCAAGAGAGACGUCACUCAGUACACUGGGCCCUCUCACGACACGACCACAUCAGAACGUACACCAGAAGUCAUUAGAAAGAGUUCAUUAGUGAACACAGGUCCAGGUUACAGUCAGUCCCUACAGGACUUCCUGGAGGAGCCGGUUCCCAAGCCCAGUCCACGACACCAACCCCAGCCUCAUCUCCCGGACUUCCAGCAACAGCAACAUCUGCUACAACAGCAGGCUCAACUACAGCGGAUGAUGCAAGACCUUCAGUCACAAUACCACACUUCCCCACAGACUACACCUAGUAUUCCCGUGCUGGGGUCAACACCCUUCCCAUCAACUCCACAGUCCUACAACAGCAUCAGUGGUCGUCUGGAUGAUCUUCCUGGAUCUCUAGAAGAGGCUCAAUCAAGGAUUCGAAAACUUGAGAUAGAGAAACAUUAUGCAGAGUCAUUGCUGGACAGUACACGGAGGAGAUACGAUGAGGAGAUCGCAGCUAUAGAAGCAUCAUAUAAAAACAGACUGCAGAUUUUGGAAGAUUCUAAUCGCAAGAAAGAGACGAGGUUGCGGAAUGAGAACGAGCAGCUGAUGGCCGACCACCUGGAGCGUGUGAGGAAGAUGGAGCAGGAGAAGGCAGACAUUGCAAACCAGAACUACAAGAACCUGGAGGAGGCGGAGCGUGCCCGAGCCCACGACAUGGAGAAGCUGAAGGAACAACACAGAUCAUCAGUUGCUGAAAUAAAGAGAGAACAAGAAGAGAUGAUAGAGAGGCUGAAGAAGUCCAAAAACCUGGAGAUUGAAGCAGUGGCCAGUGCACAUGAUACUUCCAGGAGCCUGACUGCAGUGGUUGAACAGAUCCAGAACAAUGCCAAGGACCUUGGGGAGCUGCAGUUCAAGGUGGACAGCUGGCACCGUCAGGGGCUGGAUGACAGGGAGAUCUCACUCAAGUCCAAGGACGAACAACUCAGGAUUUUGCAGGAGCGUCUCACUCGCCAGGAGGCAGACAAUGAGAAUGAGAGGAAGAGAUUGGAAGAUCUCAUCGCCAGGAUGGAGUCACAGCUCCGCGAUCAGACUAGGAUGCUGGAUGAGGAACGGUGGAAGGUCAAACAGGACCAUGGUCGUCUGGAUGCUCAGCAGAAGUCCCUGGAGGAGGAGCGAAGGGUGUGGGUGGAGCAGCAGGCCCGGGAGAGGGACAUGAUAGAGAGAACCAGGUCUGCCUUCCUGGAGGAACAGAGGUCAUCUAUGAACCAAAUCAAUGAGGAGAGGCGGGCUCUGGCUGAGGAGAGGACCAAGUUUAACAUUGAUCAGAAGAUGAUGAGAGAGAGGAUGAACAGUGACUCCAUCAAAGCUGCUCAGGCUGAGGCUGAGUAUGACGUCUUGGUGAAGUCCAUAGCAGAGGAGCGGUCCAAGUCAUCUCAGAGAUUACAGGAACUGCACAGAGAAGAAGACAGAAUGGAUGCAGAACGAACACGGCUGGAGAGAGAGAAGGCUAAGAUUGAUGCAGAGAAGGACAGACUGUCUGACCUGGCCAUACAGGUGAAACAGAAGUCUGCAGAAGUCGACUCCAUGAGCGAGCUGGCAUCACGCUCUCAUCGAGAUGGCGAGAAGUCGCUGUUGGAGGCGAGACAGAUAGAGUCCCAACACAACCAGCGUCUGGAGGAGAUACAUAAACAGCACCAGAACAUUAGGAACAUGGAGGAACACAUCUCUGAGGAGAAAUUGCGACUAGCUAAGGAGAAGAAAGAUGUGGAAAACCUGAAGAACUCCUCCCUGUGUACGAACUGUCGGACCCCACUGAGACCUGGGGACUCCAACAUUGUUCCAGCACACAUGCCCAUGACGACGGCAGGACCGAUGUCGCCUGUCAAUGGUAUGCGAACUCCAAUGCAUGCUGGGAACAUGAUAUAUCAUGGUAAUUCUAGUAUGAAUUUGUCCUUCAACGCCAUUGAGUCCAUAACAUCAUCGAUAGCAGCAGACCGAUCAGUGCGACUGUGGAAGAUUGAAGCCUUGAAGGACAAGGAGUACUUAGAAGAGGAAAGUAUUUUCUUAGAGACACUGAAACAUUCUCCAUAUCAUGGCUCACAGAAGAUCUGACCUCAGGUUGAUCAUUCAGCGAAUUACUGAUGAAGUAACAAUGAGGGAAUGAUGUCUGCAGUCAGCGACUAUCAGAUUAGCAUGAAGUGCUUGCAUUUUUCAUCAUAAUCCAUCCUAUAGUGUGAAUCAAGUGUUGUCAGUUCAUUGGAGAUGAAUGUAUGGAACAUGGCACACAGCAGUAGUUGGUGGGCCCAGAGAGACAUCAGCAGAUAGUGUAGACAGAAAAUAGAUUUGACAACAGACCCUAGAUCUGAAGAUUGAUCUGCAGAUUGAUAGUAGCCAUGAUUAUGACAUAACACAUUAACAUACUGUAUUAUCAUGUCAUGGAGAUUAUGAUAGUUACAUAGCUAAAGUAGAUGACACCUGAACUUGGAGGUCAAAAUAGGAGGUCAGAAUGGGAGGUCAUAAGAGACCCUAGCUGGUAUGCAUACACUGGAUUGAUUGUACUACUCAACCUAUGUGCUGUGAAGCCCUUGUACUGUAGCCAUGUAUCCGUCCUGUAUCAUGUAUCAUCAUGUGGUAUCCAUGUAUGUGGUAUGUAUCAUGUAUCACCUGUAUAGUUAUCAUGUAUCCAUAUCUGUCCUGUAGUAGUUAUGUAUCGCCUGUAUGUAUCAUGUAUCCGUCCUGUAGUAGUUAUGUAUCGCCUGUAUGUAUCAUGUAUCUGUCCUGUAGUAGUUAUGUAUCGCCUGUAUGUAUCAUGUAUCCAUCCUGUACUAGUUAUGUAUCGCCUGUAUGUAUCACUGUAUCCGUCCUGUAGCUGUCCUCUAUGUUUAGUAACUAAAGACAUAGAUAGCAACAGUGAUGAUCAUGUGCAAGAGGCAACUGGACAUAUC